AUGCCUAACACAACCUUAGAUUUACUCAAGGUGGAUACCGACAGCUUCCCGUAUAUCUACGAGGAAAAUCAUACGGUGAAGCUUCAAAGUGGACCAGGACUGGUUCGCCUCAAUGUCUACCGCCCCAAAACUGUCUCCAAGUGCCCUGUGCUCAUCACCUAUGGACCGUAUGGAAAGGAUAUCCCUUACAAGGAUUUCCUUCCGCAUUCGUUCCAUGACCUGAAUCCCGAACAUAAAUCAGAACACUCGGCCUUCGAGGUACCCGAUCCAGCAUUCUGGACAAAGGAGGGAUAUGCGAUUGUUCGGGCCGAUGAGGUUGGGAUCGGCCAGUCGCCUGGAGUCUGCGACACGAUGUCCAAGUCUACCAGCGAGGCGUUUCAGGAGGUUAUUGAAUGGGCGGCGGAUCAGCCAUGGUCAACUGGGAAGGUCGGAUUGCUCGGGAUUAGUUACUUUGCAGGCACUCAAUGGCGGGUUGCUGCCCGACGCCCACGGGGUCUGGCUGCGAUUAUUCCUUAUGAAGGAAUGGCGGAUUAUUACCGGGAUCGUUGCCGCCAUGGAGGGAUCCUCACAGCCCCCUUCUUGAAGUUUUGGAUGGAUCGUCAGGUAAAGUCAAACCUUUACGGUCUUCCUGCCAAGGCAGCAAAGAAUUGGGGCCCCGAUACAAUCGAGGGUGAUCUGAGUGAGGAAGAGCUCCAGGCCAACCUACGUGAUCAAGCAGUGGACAACGCGCAGCACUACUUCCGCGACGAUGAGUACUAUGCUUCUCGUGACUACUGUCUCGAGGAUAUUGAGGUGCCCUUGCUUUCUGUCGGCAACUGGGGCAACAUUGUGGUUCAUCUGCGUGGCAAUAUCGAGGGCUAUCUCUACGCAGGCUCCCAGUAUAAGUUCCUGCGAAUGGUUGUGGGUCGCCAUGAUCUACCUUUCUAUUCCAGUGAAGAGGUUGAAAUCCAGAAGAGCUUCCUGAGUGCCUUUCUCAAAGAUGACGACUAUGCAGGUUGGAAAGCGGGAAACAUGUCCAAGGUUGACCUCAUACUCCGGAAAGGAGUGAUCCAGUAUGACUCUAUUCCCGCAGCGACAGGACAAGUAUAUUCCCGACGGGCUGAGAAUGAGUGGCCGUUGGCACGCACUGUCUACACCAAGUAUUACUUGACUCCGCAGAAAGUGUGGACCCCAGAGCCACCACGCCUCAGUCAUCACACCAGGCUUUCCUAUCGCGCUCUAACUGUCCCAGAUGACAACGAGUGUAUCCGAUUUGAGACGGCUCCUGCAACGCAAGAGGUGGAAAUUACCGGCCACAUCGUGGCCCGGGUUCAUGUCUCAGUAACUCCGGAUUUGGGAGGCCCUGUCCCGAAGGACAUUGAUAUAUUCCUAACAAUUCGACACUGGGCGGCGGACGGCAAGGAGAUCUUCUACACUGGAUCCAUCGGCAAUCCCGUCCCUGUCAGUAAAGGCUGGCAGCGCGUGAGCCUCCGCAAGAUUAACAAGGAACAUCCCCAUCAUCGUGAGUAUCGUCCUUACCGUGACUACUUUUCAACCGAUGUGCAGCCCGUUAUUCCAGGCGAAAUCUACAGCGUGGAUGUUGAAAUAUGGCCAACCAACCUCAUCCUCAGUCCUGGGGAGAAUUUGUCCUUUGAAAUUAGUGGUGGAGACACUCAAGGGGUGGGCAUCUUCAGUCAUGAGUCCUCGGAAAGGUCCCAUGAGAGAUUUGGAGGCACGAACCAUAUCCACUUUGGACCAGACCAUUUGAACUAUGUCGUGUUGCCGGUUAUCCCACAAGCAUGA